UUCUAAUAUCAAGUGACGUCCAGUUGUUUUAUGUCGUUAGAAGAAAACUGACUUAUUAUGGGUUUCAACAACAAAGUGGUCAUAGUGACGGGAGCUAGUUCCGGCAUCGGCGCGGCCGCUGCGGUGCUGUUCGCCAAAGAAGGCGCCCGCGUUGUUAUGGUGGGCAGGAAUGAGAGCAAGCUGAGCAAGGUCGCCGAGCAGUGCGCUCGUGGCGGGCAAACACCGCUUGUCAUCAGAGCAGACGUCAGCAACGAUAACGAUGUUAAAAGGAUCAUCGAUGAAACCAUCAAAAAGUUUGGGAAGAUUGACAUCCUAGUGAACAACGCUGGAAUGGGAAGUUUUGGAUUUAUAUUGAAUGGGAGUAUAUUGAAAGCGUAUGAUGAAGUAAUGGCAGUGAAUAUGCGCUCGAUUGUUCACCUUACCGCUUUAGCUGCACCUCACCUUGUCAAAACUAAAGGCAAUAUUGUGAAUAUAUCCAGUGUAGCAGGAAAAAUGACUUCUUCCGUUCCAGGCUUUCUAGCAUACAGUGUUUCUAAAGCCGCAUUGGACCAUUUCACUCGUGGCGCUGCUCUGGAGUUGGCAGCUUCUGGUGUAAGAGUGAAUGGCAUCAGUCCGGGACCAGUUGUAACAGAUUUUCUAGAAAACGCAGGUAAUAGCUCUGUAUCAUGGGAUAAUUUGAGUUCAUCAGUACCACUUAAGAGAUGUUCGGAAUCUUCAGAAAUUGCAGAAAUGAUUCUUUUCUUAGCAAGUGAUAAAGCAAAGGGAGUCACAGGAUCGGAUUUCGUUACUGACAAUGGAACACUUUUACAUUUUACUGCAUCGCAAUAAAUAACCAUAUGUUUACCUCACAAGUCUAUUUG